AGCGAGAGCUGUGCGUGCAGUGGCGGCCAUGACGCCGUUGGGGCUCGCCCUCGCCGCGCCUCAUCUCGCCCUGUUUGGGCACCGGUCCCCCGCUGCUCCUCGACCUCGAUGGGGAGUGGCGCGGGCGCCGCCGCAGAGCCACCGCUGUCGCCGCAAGCCUCAGCUGUCGGUGCAGCCGCGCGCGCGGCGGACCGGCUCGCACGCCGCGGGAGUGCUGGAGCGGGGUAAUAAGCAGGAGGACAGGGCGGCGGCGAUCAGGGAGCGACUCCUGAGCGGCGAGGCGCCGACGCCGUCGGCGUACGACACGGCGUGGGUCGCGAUGGUGCCGGCGGCGGCGGGGUCCCCUCCGUCGCCGCGGUACCCGGGGUGCGUGGACUGGAUCCUGCGGAGCCAGCGACGGGACGACGGGUCGUGGGGGGCCGGCGACCCCUCGCUGCGCAAGGACGCGCUCUCGUCCACGCUGGCGUGCGUCCUCGCGCUCACGACGUGGGGCGUCGGCGGCGACGCCGUCGCGAAAGGGCUCCGUUUCAUCGGGCGCAACUGGUCCUGCGUGACGGACGACAGCUGCGCCGCGCCGGCCGGGUUCGACGUCAUCUUCCCCGGCAUGGUCGCGCGUGCCAUCGACAUGGGGCUGGAGAUCCCCCUGGUCCGCCAAGCCGACGUCGACGCCGUCCUUCGGCUGCGUGACAGCGAGCUCAGAUGCAUGGCUGCUUCUGGAGGCAGCCAAGCUUUCAUGGCCUACGUAGCCGAAGGUCUGGGGGACUCACUGGACUGGGACGAGGCGGCGGCGGCGUACCAGAGGAAGAACGGGUCCUUCUUCGACUCGCCGGCCACGACAGCCGCCGCCGCGAUCCACAGCCACAAUGACAGAGCGCUCGACUACUUGGACUCCGUCGUCGCCAAGUUCGGUAGCGCAGUGCCCACCGUGUAUCCUCGGAGCGCCUACUCCCGGCUUCGCAUGGUGGACACUCUGGAGAACAUGGGCAUCUCAAGGAGCUUCUUGUCCGAGAUAAACAGCACACUCGACAUGAUAUACAGGUCCUGGCUCGCCAACGACGAGGAGAUCAUGCUGGACAUGGCGACAUGCGCGAUGGCGUUCCGCCUCCUGCGUUUGCACGGGUACGACGUCUCAUCCGAUGGGUUGUCCCAAUUCAGCAGCGAGUCCAGUUUCCACGGCUCGAUCCAGGGGCACCUCAACGACACUGAGGCCUUGCUGGAGCUGCUGAAAGCCUCGCACGUCCAGAUCACGGACGGCGAGCUGAUCCUGGAGAGCAUCGGCUCCUGGUCGUCCGAGCUCCUGAAGGAACAGCUGCGUUCCGGCAAGAUAUCAAGAACUGUAGACCCCGUGGAGGUGGAACAUGUGCUCAAAUUUCCCUUCCACUCCAACGUGGACAGGCUGGAGCACAGGUGGCACAUAGAACACUUCAAGGAGCAGGGCUUCCAGAUGCUGAAGUCGGCAUACCGCACUUGUCACGCAGAUGAAGAAAUUUUUUCUCUGGCUGUGGAUGGGUUCCACUCCGCUCAGGCUAUGUACCAAGAGGAGCUUCAAUGCGUCGAGAGGUGGGCCAAAGAGAUGAGGCUGGACGAGCUGGACUACGCGAGAGUGAUGCCGCUGACCUGCCUCUUCCCGUCCGCUGCCACCAUGUUCCCCGCCGAGAUGUCCGAGGCCCGCAUCGCGGCGGCCAAGACCAACAUCCUGGCGACCAUUGUCGACGACCUCUUCGACGUCAGGGAGUCGAGGGAGGAGAUGGAGAACCUCGUCGCCCUGAUCGAAAUGUGGGACGCGUACGAACAAGUCGGCUUCUGCUCGGAGCGCGUGGAGAUCGUCUUCCGCGCCGUGUACGACACGAGCAACGACCUCGCGGCGAGGGCCGCGGCGGUGCAGAACCGCAGCGUCAUCCACCACAUCGCCGAACGGUGGGUGGAGAUGGCGAGGGUCAUGAUGGUGGAGGCGGGGUGGCGGAUGAGCGGGAGCGCGGCGCCGUCCAUGGAGGAGUACAUGGCCGCCGCGGAGCCGUCGUUCGGGCUGGGCACCACCGUCCUCACGUUCCUCUUCUUCGUCGGGCCGGAGCUGACGGAGGACGUGGUCCGGGGAGCCGAGUACGCCGAGCUGUUCCGGCACAUGAACAUCUGCGGCCGCCUCCUGAACGACAUCCAGUCGUGCGAGAGGGAGAAGAGGCAGGGGAAGAUCAACAGCGUCCUGCUGCUCGCUCGCCAACACGGCGGCUCCGUCGAGGCGGCCAAGGCGGAGGUGAGGAGCGUCAUCGCGGCAUCCAGGAGGGAGCUGCUGAGGAUGCUGGUCCGGGAGGGCGGCGAGGUGCCAUGGCAGUGCCGGCGGGAGUUCUGGAACAUCUCCAAGGUGGUGCACCUGUUCUACAUGGAGGUGGACGGCUACGCGUCGCCCAAGGAGAUGAUGCGCGCGGCGAACGAGGUGUUGUUCGAGCCGCUGCGGACAGCAGGGAAGCAAUAUUUUAAAUAGCGGGCUUAGGGAUUUAGGUGCUGUUUGGAUCCAAGGGCAAAUGGCAAAAGGGCAAAUGGUAAAAUUUUUGCUCCGGUCACAUCAGA